AGGGUAAUUUUGGUUGAGAAAUGCAGCCCUAAAAGGAGAGCCGAGGUGCACGUGUACAACUCUUAUUUCUACUCGAAGCUGACUUCCGCACCCCCUAUGGAAAGUUUUUACAACCUCGACACUGAGGGAAAGUAUGAUGCCAUGUACAACAGGGUGGAACGAUGGACUAGAAAGGUCGAUAUUUUCUCAAAGAAGCUGUUGUUUAUUCCCAUCAAUCAACACGCCCAUUGGUACCUCAUUAUUGUGUUCAUGCCGCGCCAGUACCACGCCAAGCCACUCUCCAAAGAUGAAGUGAAAGAAAAUUCUAAAGACAAGGAUCAACAAGAUGGUACUGAGGACAGUGCAAAAAGUGAUGUGCAAAACUCGAAACAGAGCAAAGGCAAAGUAAAGCUGGAAGGGCCGGAUUCCGACGAUUCGGAGGCGGAACAAGAGGAGUUUGAACCUGGAUACCUCACUCGAGAAUGGAACCGUAAACGUCUACCCAAAGGCGAGCCACCUAUCAAUUUCACCAACCGAGAUUUUAAGGCUACGUACGCUCAUGUCCCACAGCAGGCGAAUUCGGUAGAUUGCGGGUUGUUUCUGCUGCAGUUUGUCGAGUCGCAGAUUGUCAAUCCGUUGAAAUGCACCAAAAUACCAAUGGAUGCGUCAGAUUGGUUCAAACCAUCUAUCAUCAAGAACAAACGAAAAGAGAUCCGCGACAAGUGUCUUGCGCUCAAUCUCCAGCAGAAUAGGGACGGAAAGCCAGUCAAAUCUCCGGUUCAAGAAGCCGCACCUGAACUACCAGCGCCAGGAGAUGUGAAUGCUGAUACAUCUCCACCACAACCUGUUAAGAGGAUCAUCGGUCCUACGCCAGAUAUUCCGACUGUGGGAAGCAGUGAACUACCUGUGGGUACCGCCAACCAGGUCGACACCACCUCGACUGUACUAGCCACCAUAGGCAACUACGAAAGCGAUGGGAACGAUACUGGCAGUAACAGUGCACACAACAGCGCCACUGGUAGUGUCGACGGAGAUGGAGAUGAAGAUACGGGAAAAGAGAAGAUAGGUAGCCAGGGAAGUGAGGACGAUGUCGAUAUGCCUAUGGGCAAGCCCUUGCCGGCCCUCCGGGCGAAUGCCGAAGUGAGUCCCAGGGUGCUAACGCGUCCACUUGCCCAGUCUGGUCAGCGCACGAUUCAGGACAAUGACGGUGAGGACGUAGUUGGCACUACUGCUGAGGCAGGAGACAAACAGCCUGUCCAAGCAAGUGUACAUUCACUAGAGUACACGCACACACAGAGUCAUAAAAUCACAGGUAUGGGCAAAGGCUCGAUUACCAAGCCUGUUGGCAUGGGUAGAAAGCGCAAUCAAUCCCCGCUUCCGGGACCUCUAUUGCCGCCCGAAGCAACUGCGUUGAGCGAACCUGUGGGGUACAACAGCAGUCUGGCUAACACCGCUCAGCACAGGCAGAAUGAUGCGUUUGAUAGUGCGCGAGAUCAGGGUAUAGCUAAACCUGUGGAGAAAUUGAAGGGAGAAGCAAUGGAUGCUCAGCAGGACUCAGACCCCGAACGUUACUCGACUUCACCUCCACCGAUGAAGAAGCCGAAAACGAGGCAGGAUCCAGCUAGAUCGAGAAGCGGAUCUGCGGUAGGUAUUAAACUUGCGCUCGCUGUGUAA